AUGGGUCACCGGCGACUCUACUGGAGUUAUCAGAGAAAAUGUGGCCGGGGUUCUAACUCUUGUCACAUCUGCUCAAACCAGCACGGUCUGAUCAGGAAAUGUGGCCUCAAUAUGUGCCACCAGUGUUGCUGUCAGUCCAUGAAGGAUAUAGGUUUCGUUAAGUUGGCUUAAGCGAACUUCCUUGAAUGGGUCAUCCAAGAAAAACACCUUAA